CGUGGGCAGAUUCUAAAGCACUUUUCUGUCCCAAAAAAGAUGAAUUUUGUUGAUUUAUAAACUCUGAUUGUUGAUUUAUAAACUCUGAUUGUUGUCAGAAGAAAGUGUGCUGAUGCCUAAGACCUCAAAGACGAGGGGUAAUCCCAGCAAAGAGAGCUUACUCCCUUCUAAGCAUAUUUGUGAACGUUUGAAAUCUGUUAAAAAUGAUCGACAUGUGUUGGAAGAUCUGGAUAAAAUCUGCACAGUUUUGGAUGGAUCCACACAGCUUAUUGCUGUCAAAAGGGUUGGGUCCUACUUGACAGCUGCACCAAGGUGUAGCGAUGUUACCCAUCUCUGCAUUGAAGUUGUGGUAGAUCUCUAUUUCAAAUGUCCCACAAGCUUUCCAUUGAAGAAACUCAUUACAAGUUCCCUAAAUGGAGCCAGUCCAGUCCUUCAAACUGAAAUCCAGUCGAUACUGACAGAGAAGUUAAAGGAUGUUUCCAGUCUCGAGGAUGGUCAACCUGUGGUGAAGCUGGAUGUCGAAAACCUUUUGAUGUUGCUAGAUACUCUGUCCCAAAUUGAAAAGUGUUUGGAACCGAUCAUUGUCGAAGUGUUGGGUUUCCUUGCUCGUGCAGUCAGCCAGUCCUCCCAAAGGAGUAGGGAGACCAACAGUCCUGUUGAGAAGAAUCAGGCCAUGCAGCUGUGUUUAAAAUCCAUCCAAACCAUCAACAGGAUACUACAGAAGUUUUCAAUCAAGUUGACAGAUCUCUUUGCGGCCGGUGAACUUUCGGAUCAUUUCGGGAAAAUCAUCAAAUGCAUCCAAGAAAUCUUAGUAUCAGAUUACUUCCUUCUUGAUUGUCAAAGUACCAGUGGAAUGACGCUCCCUCUCCUGUUCAACGUCAUGUAUGACCAGUCAGCAAUCAGCAUGAUCUAUCAUUUCAUACUCGGAGAAGACAUCCAAACAUUGGUAAAUGCAUCAUUCACCCCCGAAGGAGCAAGCUACCCUAGUCUGUGUACUAGCUCACAGAUCUGUCUCCUUCAUGGCCUCUCAACCGCGUUAGGCACAGGUGACCUUACCAAGGAACCUGCUGGAAGACCUGGAACCAAUCUGCUGAUUACCGUCAUCAACAAGAUCCUUCUCAUUUCUGAAAGGUCUGUGGACACCAACACUAACUUUAUUCGUUCACGGUGUCUUAUUGCUUGGACAGCAAAAGCCUGCCAGUGCCUUGAUGAACAGCCUGAUAAUGUUUGUUUGAAGGAUCACCUCCGAGGCCAGCAAGACAUAGCGCAGAAAAUCCUCUCCUAUGUUUGGACGCACUGGGAAGAUCCAGUGGAGCCUGUUCGACAUCAAGCAAGGAUUGUUUUUGUGAACACUGUUCAGAUCCAUCUGAAAGCAACUGGUGAAGAUCCAAAAGACAGCAAAUUUGUGGAAGAGUUAGGCGUCUCCCUCCUCGGCAUUCCGUGGACGUCUAAGGGCAAGUUUGGACCCCUGUGUAGUCUAGUCGACCAUCUUGGUGCUGAGAAGUUCCUUCAGAUAUCACCCACCCUGCCUUACCAGAUUUUGAAUGUCAUCACUGACCAUUCAUAUGGUAAUCAGGCCGGUGAACUCUAUGACAAGCUUGCAUCAGUUUCUAAGGAAGAACUUGGACUAAAAGGAAAGACAUCACCAGAGAAGGACCUGGUGAAUUGGCAGCAGAAAUGGGUCGAUCCUGUGCUUCAGGUGCUGUGCCAAGGCACCAAGACUCAGAAGGGCAUUGUCAUGGAGUACAUGUUGCCUAAAUUACUGAAGGGUACCCCUGCUAGUUUGAAAUACAUCACAAAGAAGAUGUCAUCUGAUCCGUCUGGCCUAUCGAGUAAUAAGCUGUGUGCUCUGAUGUCCUGUUUGAAGAAGGCUCGGAGCUUGGGUCAUAUCCACCAAAGGGAUGACGUGAAGGAAGAGAAUUCUAUGUGGAAUGAAGCAGUUCCUAUGGAGGUCCUGCGAACAGCCUUAGUUCACAAUGAUGAUCAGAUAAGACUAGAUUCCCUUGGUCUGAUUGUUGAGAAUCCCAAAAUCACAGAAAUAAUCAGUGGCCAGGAUUUUGAGCUUGUCAAGUCUUUCUUGCCUUGGAAUCUCAGUAGCCAGUAUCCUGCAUUCAGGCAGCAGCUAGUUUCUUUACUCAAAAGGUUUUUCUUCAGACUUCGCGAAAGUGGAGCUGUUUUGUUGAGGAACUUGUCUAAUGGUGCCAAAAGGAAGCCGGAUAUUGGAAGGAAGAAGAUGGAGACAGCCAUACAGUAUAAUAAGGAUUUCCUCAAAUGGCUAUGCGAUCUUCUGUUCAACUCGUUAUACCCUGGAGUGUGCUUCCCUCGGAUGUCUACAGUACUGUCGAUAUUCUCGACGUUACUCACAAUACUUGAAGAUGAGAAAGGACCGCAACCUGAAUUGUUCCAUUUGCCAGACCAUGUCAACCCAUGUAGAGCAAGAAGUCUGAUCGAAUGUCUAACAGCUACAUUUGAAGACAACAAGAAACAUGCCUUGAAUAUUCUCCUACACCUGCCAUCUGAAGCUAUAGGAUUUGAUAACAAAGAUACAAUCAAAGAAUAUUAUGACGUCUGCACAGAGCUUAUUUGUACCACGAAACCCCAGGACUGUGGUACUGCUGCCUACCUGCUGCAGCUACUCAUACACCAGGACCAGUUCUUCUCCUUACUCGCCAAGGACAAGCAAUGCAUUGAGAACAGUUUAGAAAGUCGAAGGCUGCUGUGUUUGAAUGAACUACUUACGAUAUACCAGGAACAGCUUGAUACUGCCAAGAUUAGCCUGCUACAUGCGUCUGCCACGAGACCUAUGUACCCGGUGCUGCAUUGUAUAAGAUAUAUUCUGGCCACGAUAGACCUCAAAUCAGUGAUACUUGUAGCUGAGUGGAGAGAGUACUUGGAGCAGCUGAUCCAAGCCUGCUUUGACCUGACUACUGUUGUCUCUCCUGUCAUCAGUCACUCAUCACCGGAGGGAAAUGUACCAAUUGAAACAUUCCUUGAGAGUGACCAUGAAGCAUCUAAGGAUAUUGAGGAGAGUGUCAAAUUAGUGCAGGACAUGCCACAGUAUUUGAUUGUGUGCUGCUGGAGGAGCAUCAAGGAGAUCUCGUUACUACUUGGCCAGCUCACUCUCACCGCCCCCAUUCAUCAUGACGGAGAUGAGAAGGGAAUGCUGUCGUGCAAGUUGUUGUGUAGUAUUGGAGACUACUUUAUAGACCUACUGCUGGAAUCCAGGCAUCGAGGUGCAUUUGAACUGGCCUAUGCUGGCUUUGUCGGUAUGUGCCAAAUGUUGUGGAGCUGUCCUAUAUCCUCCUUACAUGUCCUGCCAAAACAGUGGUUGAAGCAGAUCAUGAUUGAUGUGAAGGAUUCUGAUGCGGAGUCUUCAAGACUCUGUGCCACACGCCGGAGUGCUGGGGUGCCGUUCUACGUCCAAGCCCUUGUCUCAACUGAACCGACUUCGACUGGAAGACUGUGUUUCAAGGAGACUAUGAAAAUCAUGAUGGAAUUGGCCUUGAGUGAGGAUACUGAAAAAGAAAACAUUCCUAAAGUUCACGCAUUGAACAUCCUACGGACACUCUUCAGGGAUACACGAUUAUCUGAUGAUGUUUUCCCCUUCAUUGCUGAUGGUCUCAAAGCUGCUGUUCUUGGUUUCCUCUCUCAGGACUGGGCAAUCCGCAACUCGGCAACACUCCUGUUCAGUGCCCUUAUGACCAGAAUAUUUGGUGUUCCUAGGGGCAAGGAUGCUCAAAACAAGAAAAACUGCCUUUCUGGGAGAGUUUUCUUCCAUCGCUUUCCAACAGUCUUUCCCUUUCUCCUGGAACAGCUUGAGGUGGCUACUACAAAUAUUGGUGGCAAUGGCCAGUUCAGGCUCCAUCCUGGUCUCUAUCCUGCUCUGAUGAUCCUUGGCAGAUUGCUGCCUUCAAUCUUAGAGGGAAAAGACACCAAUCUCAACCUGGGAGAUUUCGUUCCUUACGUUGUCAAGUGUGCCAGCAGUCCUGUCUUCAAGACCCGCCUGAUGGCAUCCAGGGCCCUCCAACCCCUAGUCUUUGAAGAGCAACUGGUGACCGUAAUCAUGGACCUCGUCCAGCAGCUACCAAUUGAAGGCAAAAAGACAUCACACAACCUUAUUCAUGGAAUUCUUCUACAGAUAGAUGGCCUACUCCAGAAUGUCGACCAAGGUUCUUGUAAACUCAUGAAACGAUUGUCGGCUACGCUGCCAUGUUUUGCCAAGACUGUGUGGAUUGCCACAAGCGCAAACCAGGACUAUGUGACAAGGGCGGCCUACCUGGCAAUGCUGCAAGUCUUACUCUUCCUUGACUGGCCUCAGGACAGUGUUGAGGGCAAGGUGUCUCUUGAUGAGAUCUGUGAUACCAUCUUUGAAAUGCAGUCUGAACUCGAUGGUGCUACUGGAAAUCACCAGUUCCCUUGCUACGUGGACUUCCUCUGUGCACUCGGGAAAAUGCUCCUCAGACUUAGUCGGAGAAAUCAAGUCAAGGACACAAUCGAUUUGGAUAAUUUGUAUCACAGCCUGAUUUCAAAUUCUUCUUAUGAAGUACGUCUGCUUGGUCUCCAAGAAAUGAAGACCAGUGUGACAGGGACAGACGAUGACGGAGACUUUGCUUCAUGUGAUCCUUGUGAUUUCCCUGGGGAAGAGGGCGAUUUCAGAUGUCAACAGACUGGUGCUAUUGGGGGAAAGGAGCCAGGGAUGAGGUCUUCUACUGUGAUUUUAGAGAAACUUAUUUGUAUGGCACUCAAAGAGGAACGGCACCCAGAAUGUCUGACACUUGUCCUUGAAGUCUUGUCAGUCCAUCCUGGUAUUGACAAACACACGUGGAAAGUCGAUGAGAAAAUGUACACCGCGUCUGAAGUGCUGCAGUGGCUGAUAGAACUUGCCAUAUCUCACCCAAUGGAUGAAGUCAGAUGUGCUGCCCUAACGCUCUCGAAGGCUGUAGUACCGUUGGUGUAUGACUCCCUUCAACUUGAAGACUCACCGAAAGAUGAUUUGGACAUUUUAAGGCGCUGGAUCACCUUACUCCUAGAAGCUAGCUCAGAUCACCAAAGUCUGGAUUCAAGGGUGGCUUGUAUUAGAGUUAUCUUCAGCAGUUAUACAGCGAUCUUGAUUGAUCGAAAGUGUGUCCUUGAUGACAUUCCGUUCACAGCCUGGACAGUAGUUAUCAAACUCCUACAAGACGAUGAUGUGACAGUUAGGGAGAUGGCUGCAGAUGUUGUCAGCAGGGUUCUGAAAGCAGUUGGCAAAGAAUCAUCCUACCAGUCGCUUCAGCAAACGUUUGCAUUGGAUAUCGCAAUCAAGAUGAUGGUGCUGCUUUUCUCGUGGAGAAACUGGACUGAAUGCUUCCAGACGCUGGUCUCUUGGACAACUGGCGAUUGGGAAAAAACCAUUGCCGGUGAACAGGAUCAGGAAGGGAGAUUAUUUGACAAAGGAGAACUCAACACUUAUGAGGAUGACGUUACUUUUAAUCGGAUGGCAGUCAGUCAUAUGCACACAUUCCUCGAGAUUCCUGAAACAUCUGCCGAUGAAAACCAACAGAUUGGCAAGAAUCCGAUGCUGCAAGACACUCGUAAAAGUCAAUUGAGUGGAUCACCUCAAACAUCACCUGGCAAAGUGCCGGAGGAUUUCAAAUCGUCCAAUCAAAGUACUGUUUGGGACAUUGUUGCCAAGGCGAUUCCAACUGUUGUCGGUGUAGGUAGCAAUCGAAAGUUACCUUUCUCCAUGUUCCCAGCAGUAUCAAAUGAUCAUAUGACUGUUUAUGAUACUUAUGGGGGACUUUCUUUACUACUGGAUGAUAAGCUGUCCCUCUUGACUACCGUGCAGAACCAUGCCCAGGUGAUAGUAGACUUUCCGAGCUAUUCGCAAUGGGUGACGGAUACCUACAGGAUUCUUACCACUCUUUUUGUGCUGCGUGGGAGUCUGGAGAAGAGUGGCAACAUUGUUGCCGACUCAACGUGGGACUUUUACGAUCAGACUUUGAGCAAAAUGAAAGACAUAGUCGACAAGUUACAUUCGGGACUUCUAAAGGAGGCUUUAAGUUAAAGAAGUUAGCUGUUCACAAGUCAGGGUUGAAGUGCAUUUCAUUUGAAAUGUAUCUUGCCUGCGACUGCCAAACUACUGAAAAGACAGAAAUCUUUGCUGGACAACUGUAAUUUAUCCAAAACAUUUCCUUGAAUGUCUCUCAUUGUCAUUGUUCAGGCAUACAUAUUGCAGUUUUUUUAAAGUUCCGGUCGUACGAAGAGUUUAGUUUUAUAGUUUGUUUUGCUUCUCCUCGAUAGCCAAGUGUUUUUUGCAGAGAGACAUCCUAAUGAUGAACACAUCCAAUUGGGCGGGAACUAUGAGUUGAGGUAGUGCUCUCUGGGCAGAGUUGUCGAAAUCAAGCUAUCAGAGAGGUGGGAGGGAAAGACCAUAAUGAAAUACAAUUUGCAUUCAA